AUGGCUGAGCACAAUCACCACUAUCAAUGUGGUACUGUGUCUUUUGGAGAGGAGAUAGGCCCCACCAAUCACAUUUGUGCCUUCUGUAACACCCAUGGAAUGACAACCGAAAUCAAUCUCAUACCGGAUCGGUCGGGGCCCGGGAUAAAAACGGCCGCACUAUCUUUUGGACCCUCCAGGGAGGGUAGUGUAAAGUAUGCUACUGGAGACGAAACAUCAGAAAGAAAUGUCACAAAAGUAGAGACAGUCAUUGGAAUUUGGAAUGUGAGAUCAUUAAAUCAGUGUGGUAAAGCGGAACUACUAGUGCAUGAGAUGGACAACCUAAACUGGCACAUAUUGGGCAUAUCAGAGAUGAGAUGGGAAGGGACUGGUGAAGCUUUGUCUGAGGAUGGGCAUAAGUUGUGGUUUAGUGGAAAUAACAAGAAAAAAAUUAAUGGCGUUGGCUUCUUGGUCAACAAGGCAAUCAAGAACUCAGUAUUAGAAUACACCAACUGCUGUGAUGAGGUAAUUGAUGACUUCUAUGAGAAUCUUAAUGAUCUAAUAAAGACUAUUCCAAGAAAAGACAUAUUAGUGGUUCAAGGAGACUGGAAUGCGAAGAUUGGUGAAGAUGCAUAUAAAAUUGAAAAGAAAAAACUAAAGGAUCCAACAAUAGCAGAACAAUAUCGGGGAGAAUUGGCAGGAAGAUUUGCACCACUUCUACUGAUUGAUCAAGAUCCACAGACACACUGUGAUGAGAUUACCAACACAAUUAGAAACGUGGCAGAGGAAAAACUAGGGAAAUGCAGGAAAAUCAAAAGGCCAUGGCUAACAUCAGAAGUCUUGGAGAAGUGCGAAGAUAGACGUAAUAAGAAGAAAAGGAAAUGUUUAGGUGCUGUUGAGCUGGCGGAAUACAGAAAUGCAAAUAGACAGACAAGGAAUGCACUGAAUGAAGCAAAAAACAAAUGGUUGCAAGGACAGACUAAAGACAUAGAAGAAAGCCUGCAUAGAAAUAACACUAAGGAAGAUUUGCCUCUGGAAGAGCAUAUCCUACUGUCUGAAGUGGAGUGGGCAAUCAAAGAGCUGAAAAGAAACAAAUCACCUGGUGCAGACAAUAUUUGUGCUGAAUUGAUACAAGUUAAUGGGGAUACUACAGCAAAGGUUAUACACAAAUUGUGCAGUGAGAUACUGAAAACCAAAGAAUGGCCGAGUCAAUGGACUGAGAGUGUGCUUAUCACAAUUCCAAAGAAAGCAAACAACAGGAAAUGUUCAGGUUACCGAACCAUAAGCUUGAUAAGUCAUACUUCGAAGGUACUACUUAAAAUAAUUAAAAAAAGAAUAUCACCUAGAGUUGAAGAAGUGCUUAGUGAGAGUCAAGCAGGGUUUAGAAGAGGUCGAAGCACUGUGGAGCAAAUAACAACCAUUAAGAUUUUAAAUGAAAAAAUGAGAGAUACAGGAAAAUUGAUCUUCCAUAACUUUAUCGACUUUCGUAAAGCGUUUGAUAAGAGUCUGGCAUGA